UAUCCCUAUCUUAACCGUGAGCCUUUUUUUUCCUUUUCUUUUUUCCAGCAUAUUUUCUUCUUCCCCUCUUCUUCUGAGGAGGGGAAGUGAGAGUGGUUAUGGUGGAGUUCAACUGCCCAGCAAGGUAAAACCACCACAAAUAAACAUACAGUACUCUCUGUUCAAACUGAAUGCUUGAUUUAGUGUUUCUCAUUUGUAUAAUUAAAUCUUUUUUGUGAGUAAAAAUGAUUAAUCACAUCUAUAUAAAAAUUUUCUACAGUUCUUAACUGAAUGAUCCAUCAGCAAGUAGUAUAAAUAGACUGUAACUUUAAAUAAGUAAUAUAUGAUUCCGCAACUGUCCUUUCACUUAUGCAUUCUUGCAACUUCACUUCAGAAGUGAAGCACAUUACAGAAUAAACAAUUGUCUAAAAGCAUCUAUAAAGGCAAGAGCUGCCUUUGGCAUUUAUCUUGACAAAUACUUUUAAAGAUGUUCUGAAAAAUUAAAAUUCCAAAAACACUCAUGACUUCAGUGCAGUGCCAUGCAUGGGUCAGCUGCCAUGCCCUUACCAGAUAAAUUUGUCCCUGGACUUUCUACGCAAAUGGACUGCUACAUAAUUAACUUGCUGAUAUGGUAUUCUAAAUGCAGAUGUCACACAGAUGAAAAAGACAUUCGCAUAUUUUGAAAGCUUCCCUCAAGGAAUAACCUCCUAUUGAAAAUAAGCAUACAUUUCUUUUUAGUGUGUAUUUUUUUCCCAAGUAAAAUAUUAGCAUUGAGAAAUCUAUCUAUUGGCAAAUCUUUCUUUGCAAAUCUCUUUUCAGUCAACAAAUAAAAAGAUGGGAAAAUGUAAUGACAAGUAGGAUGAGAAAUCAUAUGAAGAAUAUUAAAAACCAGUUAUGUAAGUCAAUGGUCUAGCCUCUUCUGGAAUGAUACAUGCUAUAGAGGAAAAAAAAAAAAAACCUUCCUCAGUUAAAAAAAAAUUGAAAAAGAAAAGUUGAAAGAAGAGUGUGAGCAUGGUCAAACACUUAAAGAAAGACAGAGUAAAAAUGUUCACCUAUUUCACCAGGCAAAAAAAAAAAAAAGAUAAAAAUAUAAAAUAGUAAUGGUAACAUGGUAAUCAGGUUUGCUCUAUCUCAUAGCACUAGCACUAAGAAGCAUUAAAUGAAAGUAAGAGAUAGGAAAUUAAAAAUCAACUAAAGGAAUUAAUUGCCCUAUGCUGCAGAAUUGUCUUGUAGAAUUUCUUGCCACAAGAACUCAUAGAGGACAUCAAACAUUUCCAGAGAUGUGACUGUAACACGUUUUGGAAAAUAUAUCAUGUACCUCAUAGCAUAAUUCUUUAAACACUCAGAUUAAAGGAGAGUUGGCACAGAUUGAACAUUAUUUCCCUCUUCCCUUCCUGCCCCCAUUUUUGCCACUAUAUUCCUAGUUCUUAAGUGUUUAGAAGAAACUUUUCAGAAAGCAGACUAUUAGACUAGGUCACUACAUCAUGUACUGUGAAAACAACUCUUAUAUUUACACAAUUUUUUAGGUUUUUUUGUGUGUGUUUUUGCGUGUAUUUUUUUCACUUUCUUCAUUAAAAUAAAAGGUUGCUGGUUAAGUUAAUUAAGGCAGCAGGGCAUGUAAGGCUGUGUUUAUAAAUUUGCAACUAAUUGGGAAGUACAGUUCAUAAUAAAUACUCACAAACAUUUGUCUGCCACAGUGAAAGUAAAAUAACAAUUCCUCAGUCAUAUAAAUGUUACCUGUACACACAGUGAGUAAACAUUAUCAUGAAGGUUAUGAAGGCUAGAGGCAUGAACUCUGUAACCAUAUGGGCAGUCCCUUAUGUACACUCAACUUACCUUUUUAAAGCAUUAUUAAAGCACUCAAAUACAAACAAACAAAGUAGUUCUAUAAACACACAUUUUACAUACUAUAAGGCAUCAAAUCAGCAGAAGCGAUAACAUUGCAAGAUGAUAUAGUGGAAUACCUGACCUCCUGUGCUUUCCUUAAGCCAAGACUUUUAUUUAGAAUACUCUCUCAUAUCUUGGGGGGAGGUGGGGGGGGAAGCCCCAAACCAACAAAAUGCAUUAAAAAAGGUUCCAGGUAGAGACCACCUGCAUAAUAUGUAUACUGACUGAAAAGGCCACAUAAAUAUUUUAACUUUGUUUUAAACAUUUGCAAAGCUGAAGGAAAAAAAAUUACACAAAUAAUCAAAUUCAUAUAUUGCUACCAAAAAAGUUAAUCUUGUUGAAAGAUCCACAAGAAUCUUGGAAUAAUUUGCAAAGACGUUCUUGAGAUGUUUAAUUUUUAAAAAUACAGAUUUUUUGAUCAGAAACCGCAUGCUUUUCAAUAGGUCAUGUAUUACAUAGGCAUGUAACAAUGUUACCUACACUGAAGAUGAAACAAGAAGCUUGAGGAAGACAAAUAAUGGUUUGAUUUUUACAGCUUUAAAUUCAGAUGGCCAACAAAAUUCAAGAAGUGAAGUAAAGACGAAAUAUGGAAUAGGAGGCAGGUAGGAUGAAAUUAGCCCUGUAAUUUGUGGGACUCGACAGCCAUGGAUUCACCUCCGAAAUACCAGCAGAAAGCUGUCAGCUGAAAAACCCACCCCGCGUGUUGCGCCACAAAGCCACCUCAAAGUCCGAACAGCCACACUCCCCUCUCCCAUGAGGAUUACGUGACUUCUAUUUUUUACACCACAGCCAGCAAGCGCUAUGUCAAACCAAGAACACCCGAAGGCCAAAAAGGUGCGUGAAGCCCACAGCCCUUGCCCCACAGCAUUGCCGCGGGCACAGAAGUUAAAACCAACAAGAGGUGACCUUGGUGACAAGCCCGGGACUGGCUGCUGGUGGCUUAUCCCCCACCAGAGGAACAAAAAAGCAGAGAGGAGAGGACCCUGACCCCCCAGCGCUUCCCCCGGGGACAGGAGCAGGCGGCGAUGGCAGGGCUGGGGAACACGGGGGGCCGGGACGCCCCGCGGGGCAGCGGAGGGGCGGACCCAACAGAAGGCUCCGCAUCCGGGCUCCGCCACCACGGGCGCGCUCACUCACCUAUCAUGGCGGCGGCGAGGGGGCGAGCUGCACGAGGGCCACGGGGGAAGACGCGGGGCCCUCUGGUCUGUCCGUCGGCUCUCGUCCGCCGCGGGAUGGUAGUGGAGAAAGCGGCCGCGAGCCCCCCGGCGCCCGUAGGCGACCGGCGCCCUCAGAAGCAGGAGCCGCUGGGGCCCGCGAAGAAGAGCAGGCAGCAGGUGACCGACGGCUUCACCGUUAAGGCCCUCAUGAAAAACACCGUGGUAAGAGGGCCUCCACUUGCAGGAGCAUUUAAAGAGAGACCAACAAAGCCCACAGCAUUUCGCAAGUUUUAUGAGCGAGGAGACUUCCCAAUUGCCCUUGAGCAUGAUACGAAAGGAAACAAAAUAGCCUGGAAGGUAGAGAUUGAGAAGCUGGACUAUCAUUAUUAUCUGCCUUUGUUUUUUGAUGGGCUUUGUGAAAUGACAUUUCCAUGUGAGUUUUUUGCACGUCAAGGAAUCCAUGACAUGCUGGAACAUGGUGGAAACAAGAUUCUUCCUGUCAUUCCUCAGCUCAUUAUCCCAAUAAAAAAUGCACUGAGCCUUCGUAACCGACAGGUCCUCUGUAUCACGCUGAAAGUCCUCCAGCACCUGGUGGUGUCAGCUGACAUGGUGGGAGAGGCUUUGGUGCCCUAUUAUCGGCAAAUCCUCCCAGUCCUAAACAUCUUUAAGAAUAUGAAUGUUAAUUCAGGCGAUGGGAUAGACUACAGCCAGCAGAAGCGUGAAAAUAUUGGAGAUCUGAUUCAAGAGACACUGGAAGCCUUUGAACGCUGCGGUGGAGAAACUGCUUAUAUAAACAUUAAAUACAUGAUCCCUACUUACCAGUCGUGCAUAUUAAACUGAGCUGUAUCAAAUGGGAUGAUUCCAUUUGUGUUCUAAAAAAACUGUGUCUGACUCUGUGUGGCAUCUUGUUAGUCAUGCUUUUUUUCUCUACAGCUGCUAAAAUAGUGGCUUCUGGGGCAUUAGAGUGUUAGCACUAUUGUGAACAAGUCUUUCCAAUACAUAAAUAGUGCCUGUUCCUUUGAUUACAAUGGUGUACUGUGCUUGUUUGUUCCGUGAAAGAAUUGCUUCUUUAUAACAGAGCUGACUCGAGCAGGAAUCAGAGUUAAACCUUCAGUUGUAUAGACAAUAAAACUAUAAUUUUCAUACUCAAUUCAGCAAUUGCUGUUCUGUGUCCGCUUGCCCUGAGGGUGAUGUCAGAGGCUGUAACAAGAAGAGUUUAUGCUGACUGCUUAAUAGGUGUUUGUCAUGGAAGAGAAACACCAGUUCAGCAAUGUCUCUCUAGCAGCUGUGCCGAAUAAUGUACACCAACAUACAAUAAAACUGUUGAAUGUA